GAUCUGUCUGUCACCUGCACUGAGGCACCUCUGGGAAGGAAAUGGUUUCUGCAAAGAUGACACGACACCUGUUGAGGAACCUCUGUUUCAUCCUCAUGGGUAUGUUUAUUUCAUUUGCCCUUUGGCAAGCUGGUUCUGAUAGGCGGUCAUUGUCUGAACCUGCGAUACCGCAACAGUUCUUUACUGACCUGCCCGGCUGUUCAGCUAUCAUCAGUGGACGCAUAGAGGCCAAGAUGAGUGAAGUAGAGGGGCUUCUGGCAUCUAGGAAGAAAAAGGACCUUUUAUCUGCAGAGUUCUACCUCAAUGUGACAAAGGACUGUCCAGCUUUCAUUAAAAUGAGAAGUUUCAUCACAGUGCCUCUCAGUCAAGAGGAGAGUGAUUUUCCCAUUGCCUACUCCAUGGUGAUCCAUGAGAAGAUUGAGAUGUUUGAGCGACUUCUGCGAGCAGUUUACACACCUCAGAACAUCUACUGUGUGCAUGCAGACCAAAAAUCCUCCGAGGAAUUUAAGAAGGCUGUGGGGGCAAUUAUUUCUUGUUUCCCCAAUGUGUUUAUGGCUACUAAAUUAGAACAGGUGGUUUAUGCCACAUGGUCCCGUGUGCAGGCGGAUUUGAACUGCAUGAAAGAUCUGGUGAACUCGGACGUCAAGUGGAAGUACCUGCUCAACACCUGUGGGACUGACUUCCCAAUUAAAACCAAUGGGGAGAUGGUUCAGGUACUCAAGACCCUAAAUGGUAGAAACAGUAUGGAGACUGAGGCCACCAAUGCAUACAAGAAAGACCGUUGGGCCUAUCAUCACAAUGUCAGCGACACCAUCGUCAGGACAGGGGUGAAGAAAAGUCCGCCACCGAUUCGCAGCCCAAUGUUCUCCGGGAAUGCCUACGUUGUGGUCUCGAGAGCCUUUGUAGAACACGUCAUGCAGGACGGAGAGGUUCAGAAAUUUCUGGAGUGGGAGAAGGACACAUACAGCCCUGACGAGCAUUUGUGGGCCACUCUGGAGAGGAUGCCCUCUGUUCCCGGAUCAAUGCCUGCCAACAGCAAGUAUGACGUGUCAGACAUGCAGUCCCAUGCUCGUGCGGUGAGAUGGAGCUAUUUAGCCGGUGAUGUCACAGGCGGUGCCCCGUAUCCUCAUUGCACUGGUGUUUACAGACGAGCAGUUUGUGUGUACGGCGCUGGUGAUCUCCAGUGGCUCCUGAAUCAAAAACACCUUCUCGCAAAUAAGUUUGAUCCUGAGGUUGAUGAUGCUGCCAUUAGAUGUUUGGAGACAAUAUUGCGUUUCAGGGCUUUAGGCUAUGACCCACUGUUAACAGACCAGUUUUCUGCAAUUUUGUAGUAAUCAUGAUCAAUUGAAAUGUAUAAUGUUGAGGCAUUACCUAACACGUAUGUUUAUUGUAGAAGUCCGAUUUCUUUCAGAAUCUUAUUUUUCUACAGGAUUUAAAAAAAAAUAGUUUUAUAGGUAUUAUAAUUGGAUGUUGUUAUCAUUGUCAAUAUGUGGAUUGUGAUUCCAAGGAAAUCUGUACUUGUGGUGCCAUCUAGUGGAUUUUAAGUGGAUGGCUCUACAAAUCAAUAAACUAGAUUGUUUGUUAUUUUCCAUAUCUUGUAACAGGGUCUGCAUUGGUAUUGUUUUGGUGCUGCCACAUAAUUAUCUUUAACGCUGCCAAAUUAUCUUUGUAUUAAACAAAAAAACUAAACAAUGAAGGUCAAGGGCUCGGUUCUUAAAAUAAAGUUGUUUUUUAUUUUUG